AUGGUUCUCCUCACCUCCUCCACAGUUUCGACCAUUGUGUCGAUGGGAGUGAUCUGCAUAUUUAGCACACUGUUGUUUCUUUCUGGAUAUGUCCUGCAGCAGCAGUCAGUCAAGAGCAUCCAGCAUGCCUUGAAGCCACAGGAAGCCCCCAAAAUGGGCAAACACCAAUCGGGCCCCGCAUUCCAGAAGCCACUAAAACGGGACCUGUCAGACUCUGAUUAUGGGGAUGAUGACGAGAUCCUGGUUGGAACCCAACCUCACUAUGGAGCAGCUAGGAACUUCGCCUAUCUCCAACUAUUAUCUGAGCCAGACCCAUCAGACAUCUGCUCUGUAAUUCUCUUCUUCAAACAACUCGCCACAAAUGGAACGGCUGUCCAGGACCGUCUAUUUAUGUACCCAGCGCAAUGGGACCGAAUGUCAGCUCAGCAAUUGGGCAAUUCUGCCACAGAAGCGUUAGCACGAUUACGGGCCGCCAGCUUCAAAUACAAUAUAUGGCUGCUUCCCAUCGACAUGUCAGCAGCCACAGCGGCGGGCUACUCAACGACAAACAGCAAACUGCUCCACCUAGGCCAAAUCCAGUUCAUGCAGUAUGACAGUGUUCUCUAUGUUCAAACGCCUGGUCUGUUGUUAGACACAGGCAAGCUGGACGAUAUGCUCUUAGCCCGGCCCCUCCCUCUCCGCCACGACAAAAACAGGCCAGAAUCUUACAACAAUGAGGCGUGGAUUCCUAUACCGCUUCGUGCGAAUCGUAAUGCAGAUAUUCCACCUAUAUAUCUGAUUACUGUCAAUAACGUUGAGGGUCGGAAAGUUGAGACAAGGACUCACGUACCCAAUGUUGCGUUGGCCGGUUUUGGCAAUCUUGUGGCUGGACCUCAGAGAGCUGCUAAAUUGGCGAAAUCUGCAGUUGGCAGUGAGCCUGGUUAUGUUUAUUUUGACAACGACCGUGAUGGACAUGUUAAAUGGGAUAACAAUCCCUACUUUGGGGCUUGGCGAUCCCGGCAAUCUGAAGUUUGCGAGGGCUUGGAUUUUGACGAGAUUGUUGAGAAUGAACAGAUGUAA